AUGAUCAGACGCAAGUGUUCGUCGAUAUUUGCAUGGAGAACGUUUUCUCAUCACCCAGGUUUCACCAUUGGUCAUCGAUGGCAUUUCAGUUUUCAUCUUGUCGCCAUUGUACUUUCUGCCUUGUGUAUAAUCUUCAAUACUGGCCAGACUAUCGGUUUGGCACUGUUUCUCGCUAGUUUCCCGAAAUUGACUGGUGUUUAUUUCGUUACGUUUUUCGGUGCCUUUGCCUACGGUUUCUUCUGCGUUCUCAUCACAUUUUGGUUUGCAUACAAAGGACAAAUCACUCCGGCAAUGCGUGAAUGGCGAUGGACAAGAUAUAUGUUUUAUGUCAGUAUCUUCGAUGCCGCCAAUGCUCUGCUGAUUACAUUUAGUUCGCACGGUAGUCGUGUACCACCAGCGAUCACAUCUAUACUCAGUCAAAUCACAAUUCCAUUCACAUUUAUAUUUUCAAAACUUCUCCUGAGGAAAAACUACCGUUGGUUACACUUCAGCAGCAUAGGUUUCGUCCUUCUCGGUGUGAUAUUUAGUCUUAUACCAACGUUUAAACAAAUCCACGAUGGAACUACUGAUACCACUCUAAAACAAGGCUGGUACUGGCCAUUCGUGUAUAUUCUUGGUUGUAUACCGAGCGCUAUAAAAACUAUUAUACAAGAAAGACUACAAGUAGACUUUACAAAGUAUGCCCGAGAACGAGAAGAGAAAAUUACUCGUUUUUCAGUUAUCUAUUUUCAAGCAGUUGAAACUAUGUUUCAAGUAACUAUUAUUGUUUUAUGUUUUCCGCUUGACUUAGUACCAGGUUUUGGCACAUCAGAUAGCAUUGAUCAAUGGUGGAGUUCAUUCUCCGAUGGUUUCAAAUGUCUUUUCAACGUUGGUCAUACACUCAAUGAUCGAUGUCACAUUGCUGCCGGUACCGGAAUGUUAUAUAUCGUUUCUUGUUUACUGGCUAGUGUUAUUGGUACGUUUCUUACCGAUCAUACAUCGGCGAAUUGGCUUGCGAUAGUCAGUUCAAUUUCUCCAUUACUAUCGACGUCGUUCUGGUUUAUCUUUCCUGGCAUAAAUCGAUGGGCUGGAGUGGCGGAUGUCACAGGCUGGGAUAUCGGAUUUAAUCUAGGCGCAUUACCAAUUGUUUUCAUCGGUAUGGUUUUGUAUCAAAGUGGCGGAACAGAUCGUCAGGUGGACGAGGAAAUGCCAUUGAUAGAUAAGCAUCCGACUGAGUUUCUCUGGUGA